AUGGCCGACAUCAACGAGACUACGCCAGCUAUGCCACAACUUCACGAUGUCCUAAUCAUCGGCGGGGGUCCUGCCGGUCUUGCCGUUGCCAGCAGACUCAGCGAGCACUUGCCUGCCGCCAGUUUCACCGACGAUGAACACAACCGCUAUACAUGGCUCAAGAAAAGACAGGGCAAAGUGAGCAUCAAGAAGUACAAGACCGGAGCCGUGAAGACUGCCGGCUCGUGUGCGGGUACGGCUAGAGAGCAGGCUCCAGCCAUGGUCGUCCUCGACGCCACAGGAGGUAAAUGGAUGGCACGUUGGGACUAUCUCUUCAAGACCUUUGGCAUCUCGCAUCUACGCAGCCCAAUGUUCUUUCACAUUGAUCCUGCUGAACGUGAUGGCCUCUUGUCAUAUGCACACAUGAGUGGACGAGGCAAUGAACUCACAGAGCUCCGCGGCUGUGUUGGCAAGGAAAUGAGCAAGCACAAGUGGAAGAAGCGAGUGAAGGCUCGCAGAGAACUCGGUGAUGGACCUACUGUUGAUGAACGCGACCGCAACGAUUACUUCGUGCCAUCAACUCCCCUUUUUGCUUCUCACUGCGGUUGCAUCAUCGACCGCUAUGGACUACGAGAAGACAUCGUACGUCAUGAAAAGGCCGUCGACAUCAAAUUUGACUACUUUGAUGAUGUUUGCCAAACCGACAAGGUCUUUCGCAUCGAGACAGACAAGCAAAUCUACUAUUCUCGCACCGCUGUUCUUGCAGUAGGCCCUGCCAAUGAUCCGGUCAUCCCCAGCUACCCGGGCACCAACAAUGUCGAAGCCAGCACGCAUGCUUUGAGAAUCAAGGAAUUCCCCUCGCCGCCAGUCCAAGAGAAAAUUGCGGCAAAGAAACCCACCAACCUCCUCGUUGUUGGAGGCGGAUUGACCUCGGCUCAAUUGGCAGACUUGGCCAUCCGCCGCGGCGUGACUAGAGUGUUUCUCAUCAUGCGUGGCCCUCUCAAAUCAAAGUACUUUGACAUUGGACUGGAGUGGGUGGGCAAGUUUCGCAACUUUGAACAAGCGGCGUUCUGGACCGCAGACUCAUUGGAAGAACGGAUGGAAAUGAUUCUAGCCGCGCGUGAUGGCGGCAGCAUCACGCCUCCGUACAAGAAGGUACUCGACCGCCUUAUCGCUAACAACAAGGUGGUUCUGUCUCUUCACACCACGAUCAAGUCGAGAAACUGGAAUGAGGAAACUUCGACCUGGGAUGUCGAGCUCUCUGGUGGCCCAAAGCUACCGCCAAUUGACCACAUCUACUUUGCCACGGGCGUGCAGAGUAAUUUCCAGACUUUGCCCUAUCUACAAUCUCUGAUACAGCAAUAUCCAAUCAAGGACUGCGGAGGCAUGCCAUGCAUUACCGAGGACAUGCAGUGGAGCGAAGAGGUUCCCUUGUUCAUGGCUGGAAGGCUCGGUAUGCUGCAACUUGGCCCGGGAGCACCAAAUCUCAUUGGCGCCCGCAUCGGAGCUGAGCGCAUCUCCUGGGCUAUCCAGGAACAUCUCAAGGAAAAGAAUGAAGACAAGACCAAGAAGUCAGGGUCUCAAUUUGAUUAUCUGACUGCGCGGGGCAGUCGGUUCGAGGCAUUGGUCGAGGAGUAG